AUGCCAGACACGAUCACACCACGACGAGCGGAAAAUAAAUUUGGACGUCGUCAACCACCAUCCACUGUUGACAAUGAUCAAUAUACACCGAGAACCAAUGGAAAUGCGUAUCCAAAAAAGUCACAAGCAUUUUACAUCGAUACAAAGGAUGAUCAUCAACCGAUGGAUAAUGAUCCGCCGCCAUUUAGAUCCUAUUCGCCACCGAUCCGUGGUUCGUUUACUCCGUCGACUACUGCUCCGGAAAUGUAUCAUUUGAAAGCAGCGGAAAACAAUCAUGAAAUUCGAAGUCGCCAUCAAUCACCCAUCGUGACAAACAACAAUAGAAUUACACCAAUACCGCUGGGCAAUUUUUCCGACCAGAAACCAGAAAUGUAUCAUUUAAAAACAUCCGAUGAGCCUAUUCGACGAACACCUUCUGCUCUGAACGAUCAUCCAAAAACGAUUUUCAAUGAAGAAAAAAAGACACAUUUCGAUGAUCACGAGAAGAAAAAACCGACAAUGUACUUUCUGAUGAGUAAUCAAGAAAAUCUACCCGUCUCACGUCGAACACCAACUCCUCCCAUUCUGGAAAGCAAACGAUCUCAACCUGCUCCCUACGAAACUGUGCGUGUACGCCCUGAAUAUCCGCCUGCACUUCUCGCCACCACUACAAAUACUCGUCAUAUAUCAUUAACACAUUCGAAAGCAUCGGAAAGUAUUCAACGAAGUAUGAACAAAUAUCGAUUUGGCGGUCAUUAG